UACCAUCUUAGAAACAUGAUAAUACACGAGAGAGCAAUCCCAGAGCGGAGUCACUCUGAUUUGCAGUUUCUGCCGUAUUGAUUCCUUCGGGUUGUGUCGAGUGCCAAGCGUUAAGGGGUUGAGUAGACAACUAUGGAUCUAUAACGUGCGACGCGAUUUCUCUCUCUCUCUCCUCCACGAUAAAUAUAGGCGUGUCCACAUGGACUUGAUUUUUUUUUUUUCCCCUCGACCUUUUAUUCUCACGUAUCGACACGUUUUUUUUUCCCUCUCUCUCUCGUUUGUUGCAGAGGGGCCGUUCCAAAGCGACGCUUUGCUCGUUCCGGAAGGCUGCCUGUUCGACCACCUUCACAAUCAGACGAAAUGCUGGGAAUCUCACAGGUGGAACGCGACCGCAGCAGACACCUGCAGAGAGAGGAAUAUGAAUCUGAGGAGCUUUGCAAUGCUGUUGCCCUGCGGAAUAUCCUUGUUCUCCGGCGUCGAAUUCGUGUGCUGUCCGAAACACCUCAAAGAAAAUUUGAAAGCCAAAAAACCGAUCGACUUGCCGAUUCCAAAGGGUGUGGACGAAGAUCUCGACGAAGAUGAAGAUGACCUUGAAGACGAUGAUGGCUUGGACACUGAUGCAGAUGAUGAAGAUGAUUCUGAAGCUGAUCCCGAAGAUGGACUCAAUGAUCAACCUGAUGAUGAUGAAAGUGACGAGGAAUAUCUCAAUGAUGAUUACAAUUACGACACUACAACAAGUCGAUUAUCAACAACAGUUUCAACUACGGAAAAACCGAAACAAGACGUAACUGCAAUGCCAUUGCCAGUUAGUACGAGCACACAACAAUCUUCGCAAUCACAGAGCACACCGGAUCCAUAUCUAACUCAUUUCGAUCCUCGUUCUGAGCACCAGAGCUACAAGCAAGCACAAAUGAGGCUCGAAGAGGUGCACAAGGAGAAAGUAACAAAAGUGAUGAAGGACUGGAGUGAUCUCGAGGAAAAGUAUCAGGAUAUUCGUGCCCACGACCCAGUUGCUGCUGAUGCUUUCAAACGAUGGAUGACCGCGCGAUUCCAGGAAACUGUUGCUGCUCUAGAAGAGAGCGGUGCCGCGGAGAAGCAUCAAUUAAGCGCUAUGCAUCAGCAAAGAGUACAAGAAGCUGUUAAACAAAGGAACGAAGAAGCGAUGUCAUGUUAUACAGCUGCUUUGAACGAGACACCACCAAAUAUGCAUCGCAUUCAAAAAUGUCUCCAAAAGUUGCUUCGUGCUCUUCACAAAGAUAGGCACCAUACUAUUGCUCAUUACAAACAUCUGCUGGACAGCAGUUUGGAACAAGCUCAACGUGAAAAACCAGCAACUUUGGAGCACUUGGCGGAAAUCGAUAGAAUCACCAAUCAGAGCCUGUUGAUGUUAGAACGGUAUCCUGAUUUAAGCGCAAAAAUUGGCCGCCUUAUGGAUGAUUACGUUUUGGCCCUCAGGAGCAAAGAUGAGACUCCUGGACUGCUGUUAGCGAUGACACGAGAAGCGGAAGCAGCCAUUUUAGAUAAAUAUCAGGCCGACGUUACCAGUAAGCAACAAGAAAAAGAACAUCAAAAACAACUGGAACGAGCACGCAAGGAGCAACGCAAAGCUGAACGUGGUGAAUUACGUACAGAACAAGCACAACAAGAAGAAAGCGACUCGAUAAAUGAUAAUAAAGAUAUUCAACAACAACCAGAGCAACCGGCAGCUAUGCACAGUGAAGGACUUGUUAGGGCAGCUCAUAGUUUGACACAUGACAUUUCCCAUUCUGAACCGGGUUAUUCUGUAAGAAGGGAGAUGUAUCACAGAGAAAGUCGAUCUGUCUACUUUACACUUGCAUUUGCUGGAAUUGCACUUAUGGCUGCAGCAGUGGUAGGUGUAGCAGUAUUCAAAAGACGCAGUGCAAGAAGCCCUCAUAGUCAGGGAUUUAUUGAAGUUGAUCAAGCGGCCACACCAGAGGAGCGGCAUGUUGCAAAUAUGCAAAUCAAUGGAUAUGAAAAUCCUACAUAUAAAUAUUUCGAGAUCAAAGAAUAAUUUAAUCACCUCGGUCUACAAGAGAUUUUAUUUGAAAUUGAUCUUUAAUUGUCCGUUCUCGCGUAUGUUCUUCAAGAAUCUCAUAGUAUUUUGUUAGUGUAAGAUAUUCAGGUUCGAGGUUCUUCCGAAGAUUCCGAAAAUAUAUAAAAUCUAUGUCUUAGUGAUAUAUGGAAUAAAAUCUGUCCAUAGACGAAUAGGUAUUGCGAUACGAUAUCAUUAUGUGUCACGUCUCUUUAUAAUAACUCGCGACGUUAUACGAAACAUAACGAUUUAUGAAUAUAUAUAAAGCAAUUUUCAUAUAACAUCUAGUAGAUAGAAAUGUUAUGAGUCGAUUAUACACUCGUAUCAGAAUUAUCUACAAGACAAUUCGAAAGGGAAACAACAUGCCAAUGUGCCAUAUGGGAAGGGCGUAAUGUUGUCUUCGGAAGUAUCUCAUACACGUUGUUUUCGUUUGUCAUACAUGUUAUUAACAAAAUAAAUAAACAAAUAAACACAGGAAGGAGCGCUCAUAAACAAAUCUAAAGAAAAAAAAAAAAAAAAAAAGAAUCAUCACUCAUUAAUGUUAUACGCGAUAUCCUUCAAUUAGAAGGCUGUGGACUAUGAUCAAUUACGGACAUUGUUUUUUCAGCAAUAGGAAAUGCGUGUGCGUUAGAAGAAACGUAUCUCGUGAUGACGCAUUCAUAAUAUGCGUGCUGUUGCGCUCUUUGCUGUAUAUUUCUAAGUUCUGAUAUUUUUCGAGAUAGUAAAUGGCAAUAAAAAGUAAAUGCAGCUUAAAUAAUACAAUGAAAAUAAGAAAAAAAUGUUAGCAGCGGUAGCGGCUUACACAGCAUAAAAAUAUAAUCCGAUUUAAAAAAAAAAAAAAACAUGAUAAGCAUAUUACAUAGCACUAUGCAAAAGUGUAUGCUCUACGAUACUCUUAAAAUAUCAGAACGGCGAUCAAUGCACGUUCACCUUCGUGAUUGCAGCUGUUUUUUCAUCUCCGUUCGAUUCCCACUGCCUGAUUUUUUCAGCGACCUUUUCAGUACUUAACGUCUACUUAGAUUAUACAACUUUAUACUUAUAAGAAAUUGAAUCAUGAACGUAUCUAAAGUUAUUAUGAGAAGCAAGAUAUUUUAUCAUUCCAUAACAAAUGUCCACUAUCUUAUCGAGGUGCUGCCCGAAUGUAUGCACGGAAAAUAUUCGGUAGCUUUGUUCGAUUCGGCCGAGUUAUCGUCGUGUUUCUUAAUCGAAAACGGACGAAUCGAAAGAAUCACGUCGAGGUUGCCGAAUAAGAGGAACAGUUCAACACAGGAGUUUUUUUGAGUGGCAUUAGUACCUCAGAUUUAGGUCGAAUAAGUGGCGAAUGUUAAAAGCAAGCGUGUUUCUGUCUUUUUUUUUUAUUUCACCAAUUUUUUUUUUCUCUCAAAAGAUGGUUCAUACAAUAACUAUCUUAGGAUUAUUAAUUAUAUAUGAUGACGAUAAUAUAUUACACGUUUAAUGCUUAUAUAUUUGUAUAUGGUCAAAAGAUAGUAGGCUGCGCUUUAGCCAGGGUCGCGUGGGAAAGCAUAGCUUUCGUUUGUUUUAAUAAAUAUUGCACGUUUUUUUAUUUAUAUUAUAUUUCUUUGUAUCAAUAAAUUAAUUAUAUUAAUACACACACAUAUAUAUAUAUAUACAUAUAUCAAUUUGAUAAGUGUUUAUAUAAUUAUAACAAAGAGUAACAAUAAUUUUAGUCGCGCAAGUGUUAUGUUAUUAACGAUGGUUUAAGAUGUUUUUAUUUAGAUACUAUUUAUAUCAAAAAAUUAUAUUUUCCUUCUCACUUUUUUUUUAUUACAAUAAAAUUAUUUGUUUUAUUAUGUUAAUUUCGCUAAAAUAAAUUAAACGGAUGCGCAAACCGAGGACGUUGAACAAUAAUCCUUGGAUUCCUAAGCGCACGUGAAGCAGCUGCCUUCCUAUUUAGCGAGCAUAGUAGACUGUCUCACGCAACUCCGGUGGAAGAACGAGCCAACGAAAAAAAUAUAUACACAGGCACACACAUUCGCGCAUCGCUGAGUGUUAAAAAUAUUAUUUUAGAUAUAUUAAAAUGAUAGCAAUUAACCAUAUGUCUAUGGAGAUACAACAAAAGCAUAGCAUCAAUGCGUUAAUAAUAAUAUAAAUAUCUAUAUAUAUAUAUAUAUAUAAAUAUAUAUGUUCAUGUGUGUAUGUGUGUGUGUGUGUGUGUAAUAUAUGAACAAUAUAUAUACAUAGAUAUAUAUAUACAUAUGCAUAUACAUGUACACCUAUCAAAUUAACUAUACAUUAUGUACCUAUAGCAUAUAGUCGUUAAAUGACAAAAAAAAAAACAUUGACACGUCGCGUAAUAAAAAAAAUUUGACUUGAUACGGAUUCACAGAUGUUGAUGAAGAAAACAUGUUGUUGUCUCUAGAAAAAGAAAAAAAA